CAUGCACUCAGCGCAGCAGGAAACGCGCGACUGUCAUCCGCGUUCUCAAGGACUCACUUCCGUUCCACUUCUUCUUCUUCCCACUUCACCUCGACCACCACCACCCAGCCCAGGUCUCAGACUCCGAGUUCUCAAGCCAUGGGCCUGCGAUACACAUAACCUCGCUUUCUGAUUUGUGCCUUGACCAUCACCACUUGCUCCGUCUUUUGGACUUUUUGGGUCAUUCAGCAGCACAUCCACCCAUUGGCUCCCAGCGCCGUCGCCAUUGAAUUUGUUUUUGUUUACUUUAUCCUUAUUUUGGUCAAAGACGCCUCCACAAUACAAUGCCUCUCAAAAAGUCUUACUCGGACGCCUAUGCUCAGCCCCCCAAGCGCGGAGGAUGGCAGAGGACAAGAAGCAAUCCCCCCAACAAAGGGCCUCUACAAUCGCUAGCCCCCGUCUCGGAAUCUUCCAAGAACAAGCUCCAGGCCUUCCGAUCCGACGACACAUCUUCCAAACCACCACCAAAGUCUGCAAGGCCCGUAAAGGCCGCCAUCGACGAACUGCAAAAAGAAAACAUCAACACCACCAAGUCGAUCCCCAGGAAGAGGCCAUUACCAGACUCCAACGACGACGAGCCAUCCAGCGACGCCAAAACUCCCGCAGAUCGCCAUUCAUGGAAAGAUUUGUUUGGUGUACCUGAAGUCAUCACCGAAGAGGAAGAUGGAGAGAAAUCGCCCGGUGACAGGGUCGACUGGAGGUCCGGAGUGCCCUUACAACUACCCGCUUCGCCAAUGAUUCCCAAGAAUGGCAGGAGACGCGCGAAGAGCUCCUCGCCUGCUUCAUCACCGGCUACCAAGUUGACUACUCCCCACGUCGCCCUCAAGAGGUUUGCCGGCGCUUCCAAGACACCCCACGCAGAUCCUGCCUCGGACUUGUGGAGCCGUUUCUCUUCUAAUGGAAAUGAUACGAGUCCCUCAAACCACAAGAACCCCCUCUUUGCCCAGCUUAUGGCAUCUUCCUCACCACGCCCGCAGUCAAGCGAUCGAUCGUUGAGGAAGUCCGUCAGUUGCGGUUCCGCUUGGCCCAAGCGGCGCCGUACCCUUUGUCCUGAGGAGCAAAAUAGAAUCGUUUCUCAGGACACUCCAAGGAAGAAGAAGUCGAGUCUUUUGUCAGAACUACUACAAUCCGUUGAUGGAGAGAUCGACAGCUCGAAAACGCCAAGCAACGCUCCAGCACAGCAGAAGAAGUCACCCUCUCCCAUGAAGAAGUCGCCAUCAAAGAGAAAGAUAACACCCCAAACCGUGCCUGACCAAAACUCCUCUCCCUCACGGAAAAAGGCCGAGCGGCAAACUACCGAAACUGACGCCUCAAAGCAACCCGAAAAGGCAUCUUCGGACUACGGUGAUGACGACUUUGACUUUGACGAGAGCACUCUCCUCGAACUGGACGCUAGUAUCCUUGGUCAAGGCGACGGUAGCACUCUCAUAGCAAGUGACGCUGUCUCGCCAGCUCCACGCGAAUCGUCAAAGACCCUUGUCGAUAAUGACGAAUUUGGUGAUCUCGAUGACGAUAUUUUUGAUGGGGUAGAAGACCUGGUGGCUCAAGUUGAGUCUGCGACACAGAAACCUGCCCAGCGGUUGUCACCUAGAAAGAGACCGUCCCCCAAGAAGAGACUAUCGCCUAGGAAGAGGCAGUCACCCAAGAAAUUGCCCCAACAGGUUGCGGGCGAUGAAGAUGACGAGUUUGGUGAUGAUUUCGGUAAUGAUUUUGACUUUGACGCGGUCGAAAUGGCUGCGACACAACGUGCCAGCCAUGCGCAAGAUGUUUCCUCACAUGUAUGUUUAUGAAACCUAGUCAAAAGCCUAGAGCCAUACAGAGGUAUCUGGUAACCAAUGUUCUCGAGAGCUCCUACACGGAUGACCGUGGCCGUGAAUCCCCUGAGAAGAUCCUCAUCGUACAGGCUGAUAGAACCAACUCUGUGCGAACGAUCCAUCUUCGAGGCGACUGGUUUGAUACUCCCGCAAGCGUCAGCGCAUACGUCCACAUUAUCGGCCAGUUCGAAGACCAGGGAAAAUGUGUCCUCGACAACAACCAGAAUAUGCUGAUCCUGCACCCAGAUCAGCUCAUCUCAUCCACUGUCGUUGCCGACUCAUUCAGCUGCAUGCGGCGUGCGGUCUUGCAGGACAGAGUCAAAGCCACCAGUGACUUGACACCCGCGCUUGUCUACGGUACUAUUCUGCACGAGAUUUUCCAGGAAGCUUUGGUAGCCAACAAAUGGGAUCCGGCAUUCCUCACCAACGUCAUCAACAAGACUCUUGAGAAGCAUCUUGAGGACCUGUACAUCCUCAAGGUCAGCAUGGACGAUGCAAAGAGUCAUGUGCAAUCCAAGAUGCCUGAACUCCGGUCUUGGGCUCAGCUGUUCGUAACUUCCCAGCCAAAGCCCGAUGCUAUCGUCCAAGGUCGGAACGGUGACAAGGCUACCAUGUGUGUCAGCAAGCUUCUGGAUGUCGAGGAGCAUGUCUGGUCACCCAUGUAUGGUCUCAAGGGCAACAUUGAUGCCACCGUCCAGGUCACUAUGCGCGAUCCCCCAGCAAGGGGCUCAAGCUCAAAGGCGCCAACGACCAAGACCUUGACCGUCCCCUUCGAGGUCAAGACCGGCAAGAAUGUCAACAGCAACCAUCAGGCGCAAACAGCACUCUACAAUUUGUUGCUCUCGGAUCGCUACGACAUUGAGAUUGUCUACGGUAUCCUCUACUACAUGGAGACAUCGCAGACGUUGCGCAUUCCCGCCGUUAGGCAUGAAAUCCGCCACAUGAUCAUGCAGCGCAACCAGCUGGCUUGCUACAUUCGUGAGCGGAGUGUCCAACUGCCCCCUAUGAAGAAGAACAAGAACGCGUGCGGCAGAUGCUAUGCCCAGACGACCUGUUUCAUCUAUCACAAGCUUGCUGAUGACGGAGAUGGGGAGACGAGCGCAAUGAACGAGAAGUUUGAUGAAGUAGUCCACCAUCUCAGCCCUACCCACAAGGCGUUCUUCUUGAAAUGGGAAGAACUUCUAACCAAGGAGGAAAAGGAAAGCCAAAAGCUUCGCCGAGAGCUAUGGACUAUGAUCAGCACAGAGCGCGAGAAGGUUGGACGUUGCUUCGCCAAUGUCAUCAUCGAGGAGGGCUCAGCAUACGAGAAUCACCAACAGAUGGGCAAGACCAACCGUUUCGCCUACACCUUUAUCAAGGAAAAGCCUGCUCCCGGCUUUUCGUUUCUGGACUCGCAACUGACUGUGGGUGAGCCCAUUGUCAUUUCUGACGAACAAGGUCACUUUGCACUUGCGCUGGGCUAUGUCACCUCAGUCAGAAAGACUCGCAUCGCUGUGGCCGUGGACAGAAGACUGCACAAUGCGCGCGUCCGGCAGCCUGGUUUCGACGAGGCCGACAAUCAGACCUUUGCCAGCAUCAUGCAGGUUCCUGGCUCUGGUGGUAACGCCCCGGAAGACCGUGAAGCUGGCCCGGUCCGCUAUCGUCUAGACAAAGAUGAGUUCAGCAAUGGCAUGGCAACAGUACGCAACAAUCUUGUUCAGAUCAUGGCCGAUGGAGUGCUUGGAUCUAGGCAGAUCAGGAGUUUGGUUGUCGACCUUGAGGCCCCCCGCUUCAAGGCUGUGCCAACGCAGUAUAUUCUCCCUUCUACCGCGUCGGGUCAAGGUCUGAACGUCGAUCAGAAGGCGGCUGUUGAGAAGGUCAUGUCUGCUCAGGACUAUGCCCUUGUGCUUGGUAUGCCUGGUACGGGCAAGACGACUACCAUUGCGCACAUCAUCCGUGCCUUGGUUGCACAGAAGAAAACAGUCUUGCUAACUUCCUACACCCACACCGCCGUGGACAACAUCUUGUUGAAACUCAAGGAUGACGGGAUUCCGAUUCUUCGUCUCGGUCCUCCCGUCAAGGUUCACCCUGAGGUUCCUUCGUUCGCCACCCUCGCCGGCGUGCCAAAGACUUCUUUUUCGGAGAUCCACGAGGCCUGGAACGACACCCCGAUUGUGGCGACGACUUGCUUGGGUAUCAACCACCCUGUCUUCGCCGAGCGCAUCUUCGAUUACUGCAUAGUCGACGAGGCUUCCCAGAUCACGCUUCCUAUCUGUCUCGGUCCCAUCCGUAUGGCACGCAAGUUUGUUCUAGUCGGUGACCAUAACCAGCUCCCUCCUCUCGUACAAAACGAGGAAGCUCGCCUUGGCGGUCUCGACGUGAGCUUAUUUAAGCUGCUCUCCGAGAAACACCCCCAAAGCGUAGUCAAUCUCGAACACCAAUACCGCAUGUGCGAAGACAUCAUGACCCUCUCCAACACGCUCAUCUACAAUGGCCGGCUAAAAUGCGGCACCGAAGCGUUACGCACUACAUCCCUCGAGAUUCCCGACAUGGACGCUCUAGCAACCAAGCACUUUGACGCCGAUUCUUUCCUCGCCCACUCCCAGCAACACCCGCUCAAAGAAGGAGAUAAACUCUCCUUCUGCCCCUCUCCCACCCCCACUACCUGCUGGCUCCGUGACCUUCUCGACCCCUCUGCGCGCGUUCGCUUCAUCAACACCGACUCCCUCCUUCCGCACUCACGCGAAGAGAAAUCCACUCGCGGUCAGCGCAUCGUUAACCCGCUUGAGUCCCGCAUCGUCUGCCAGCUAGUCGACUCGCUCCUGACCGUGGGCGUGCCCGCCUCUGAAAUUGGUGUGAUGACGCAUUACCGCUCGCAACUAGCUUUGCUUAAGCACAAUAUGAAAAACACCCUAGGCGGUAGCGCGGGAGCCAUAAGAGCGGGCGUCAAAGUGGCGGCCGAGGAAAUCGAGAUGCAUACCGCUGAUCGCUUCCAAGGAAGAGAUAAGAGCGUUGUGGUGUUAUCCCUGGUGCGAAGUAACGAGGGGUGUAGUAUCGGCGAACUACUGAAAGAUUGGAGGAGGAUCAACGUGGCGUUUACAAGGGCGAAGACAAAGCUGCUUGUUGUUGGUAGCCGUGAAACUUUGCGAGGGGCGUCUUCGUCGGUGGCUGGGUCUCCAACAGCAAUCGCUAGUCCCGAGCUGGGAGAAACCGGUGAUGAUCAGGGAGAAGGGCAAGGAGAACCAGAAGGAGGCGAAAUGCUCGCCCGCUUUGUGCGCAUGAUGGAAGAUCGCAACUGGGUGUAUGAGUUGCGUCCUGGUGCUUUGGAGGGACAUAGGUUUGCGGAUGCGAAUGCUGCUUCCACUGCUGCUGAUGCUCUCAGCCCUAGGAAACCUAACCCUAUCUUCAAGCCAGUUUCGCCUCGGAAGGGGUCGGCGUUGUCACCAUCGAAAAGGGCGAAUGCGAAGCUUGCUGGGAAAGGAUAUAAGGUGCAGAGCAAGCUGCAGUUUGGGACACCAAGUCAGGGGAAAGAAAAUGUCGGGAGCCAAAGCUUGAAGAGCCCGAAGAAGGGCAUUGUUGGUAGAGGGAAACAUAACCCCAAGCGCAUUGGAAUUAGUGAGCGCGCAAUCAUGAAGGGGAGGCCGAUUAUGAGGGAUAUCAUGAAUGAGAUUACUGAUGGGAGGUUUUGAGCGUUUGCUCUUUUGAAGUAUUGGUUAAGGCAUCGGCUGAGCGGUUUCCAUUACAGUUGGACUUGUUAGUUUCUGAGGAUUCCCGGUAUGGCUGUUGUUGGUGGAAGAAGAAAGUAUAUUCAGGGUUCUUGGGCACCAUGGAAAAGUUAGCGGCAUCUCCUUUGGCAAACUUGGUCUUUCUUAUUAGGAUAGGAUAGCGUUACCUGGUAUUGGGAUCCUGAGUGGUAUUUGGUAUUAUGUCCAUUUCUAGAAUAGCACCUACGAUGGAUGGAUGAAUGGUCGGUUGGAAUCCUCUUUAUUAUCUAUUUCCGACUCUUUCCUUUCCAAGCAACGCCGUACCAGAUUGAUGGUGAUGAUGAUUCGAUCUUAUCAUUCUGUUUUUUUCC